AUGAAAAAUCCUACGUUACUUUGGAUUAAACAACGAUGGCGUCUAUUAUCAGUUUUACUUAUUCCAUUGAUUUUUUUGCCAUUACCUAUCAUUCUACAAUCGCCACAAGCAAGAUGUGGCUAUAUUGUACUUAUUCUAAUCAGUUUCUGGGUCUUUGAAGUGAUCCCAUUGCCAGUUACGUCAUUACUACCAUUGUUUCUUUUUCCAAUGGCCGGUGUUCUAGAGCCCAAGGUCGUGGCAGCAUCAUAUUUCGAUAAUACCAUUGCACUUUUCUUUGGUAGCCUAUCAUUUGCAUACGCUGUUGAAUCUGUCAAUCUGCAUCGCCGCGUAGCAUUGUUUGUAUUAAGUAUAGUUGGUACAUCAGUAAAAUGGACUAUGGCUGGCCUCAUGGGUGUGACAGCAUUUCUUUCGAUGUGGAUUAAUAAUUCUGCUGCUACGUCUAUCAUGUUACCAGUAGCACUCGCCAUUAGUGAUGAACUUGAACGUCAUGCGAAGAAUUUUCUUGAUAAGACUCAAGCAAUCAAAGAGGCAACAUCAGCUGUCAAUGACGUGUUGGAAUUAACGGAAACGGAAGUGCCAGAUGGGCGCAUAACGAAAGAAGUUAUUCUUGGUGCAUUUCAAAUUGAAGAACCAAAAACAGAAGUUGUUGUUGAAGUGAAACAGCGUUUCUCGUUGUCACAUCGAAGACAAAGUCAUGUCAAAGUAGUGCAGCCACUUCAAAAGAGAUACGAAAAAGUUCGAAAAGGUUUUCUUCUUGCAACGGCCUAUUCAGCGACUAUCGGCGGCUUAGGAAGUCUUGUUGGUACGGCGCCCAACGUUUUGGUUAAAUCUUUUGUCGACGCGCGCUAUAAAAACACAGAUUUUCGCGUGCAGUUCCUGGACUUUCUUCUGUAUGCAUUACCAGUGUCAGCAAUUAUGUUGAUAUUCUGCUGGCUGUGGUUACAAAUAUAUUACAAUAGGAGAGAAUUCUUUCAGUGCAAGAAGGAUGCUGAAACGCAAGAAAUUCAAGCUGACUUGAAAGCGAUGUUAGUGAAAAAAUACAAAGAGCUUGGACAUCCGAAUUGGAGUGAAUACUGUGUUGCGUCCAUUUUUGUCCUCACAGUUGUUCUCUGGAUAACAAGAGACUUUGGCGGUACACCAGGAUGGGAUGUUCUUUUUCGAGAUAAACAUAUUAGUGAUAGUACCGUUGCAGUAUUUUGUGGUGUACUCCCAUUGAUCAUGCCUAAUUCUAAUCCAUUCAAAAGCGAUUGGAAAUAUGAGCCAAUUGUUUCAUGGAAUGUUCUUGUGAAAAAUAUUUCGUGGGAUGCGAUAUUUUUACUUGGAGCCGGCAUCUCAAUAGCAUCAGCAUUCGAAAUGUCAGGCUUAUCGAAAACGGUUGCAAAUGCAUUGAAAUUCUUAGCCCAUGUUCCCAAAGCUGUUGUGGUGCUUUUAGUCAUUAUCAUUAGUGCCUUAUUCACUGAAGUUACUUCAAAUCUCAGCACAGCAAGUAUUUUUCUUCCAGUGCUGGACUCUGUGGCACGUUCGUCUGGCAUUCAUCCAGCAUAUCUUAUACUUCCUUGCACCUUAGCUGUGUCUCUUGCCUUCAUGUUACCAAUCGCGACACCACCCAACGCUAUUGUUUUCAGCAGUGGUGCUCUCCGUAUUAUUGAUAUGAUUAAAACUGGCAUUGUCAUGAAUAUAAUUGGUUUUCUGGUUAUAUUUCUUGCUGCCAUGACUUGGAUGCCAAAGAUUUAUAAUCUAUCUGACGAAGCAACGGAGAUCUUUUUUCAAGUCAACGCGACCACAGUGGCAUCAACAAUGAGAAUAAUCGGAUAA